AUGCGGCAUCCUCCCACUUCCGGUGAAGAGAUACAGCCCGCUCCGCCCCCCAGUAACCAACUUAUCUACUGGGACACGCCGGCAGCCCCCAAUCCCUCCAUGCCCCGUCUGGACGAUGAAUCCAAAGAUCCAACGGGCUUGUGGUCUGUAGGAGGAAGUACGACCGUUUCUCUCUCUGGAAACCAAGGAAUCUACUCCGAAGACACCACAUUGCUUUCGACCUUAUCCCGACACUUCCGCACAGAGAUCGACACCGCGCAUACCGAUGUCAUUCUCGUCAUCUGCGGUUUUGUAAGUGGUCUGGUUGAUGGACUGUCUUUCAACGCUUGGGGGAGUUUCUCCAGCAUGCAGACCGGGAAUACGGUCUUCAUUGCUCUCGGCGCCUCAGGCCAACCAGCCUAUCCAGCUUAUCUGUGGGCCAAGUCCCUCAUCGCCCUGACAACAUUUAUAAUGAGCAAUCUUAUCUUCAUUCACGUCUCGCGGUUAAUCAACCCACGCCGGCGCUCAACUAUGAUCCUCUCCUUCGGCGUACAAACAGCUUGCAUACUCGCCGCCGCCAUGCUCGUCCAACUCGGAGUCGUUAGCCCUAAGCCCGAAGACCCUCGCUCCCCGAUCGAAUGGAUGCAGGUGCUCCCCAUCUCGCUGCUCGCCUUCCAAGCCGGCGGCCAGAUCUGUGCCUCACGCAUCCUUGCCUUUGACGAGAUCCCCACUGUCGUGCUCACAACCUUACUGUGUGAUCUACUCGUGGAUCCGAAGCUGUACUCCCGUGGGUGGCGUUCCAACCCGAAGCGGAACCGUAGGGUCGGGGCCUUCUUGGCUCUGUUCCUGGGCGCCAUGACGGCGGGCGGCUUGUCCAAGGUGGCGAACAUGUCGGCCAGCUUGUGGCUGGCCAUGGGGCUGAAAUUGGCGAUUACCCUUGGGUGGGUGGUGUGGAAGGGGGAUCGCGCAAGAAAAGGGGAUAUUGAGGGGUGA